CAUUGCACAUCCACAUAUGUACAUGGUCUAUUAUUAAGUAGAUAUCAUGAGUUCUACAUGUACAGUUCAAGGUAAAACAGCUUGGCCAGAGCUAUUGGGGCAAAAUGUUGAGAAAGCAGUGAGUAUAAUAGAGAAAGAGAAUCCAACUCUUCGCCCCGUCGUGUUAAAUAUAUCUCAGAAUAUUCCAGAUCCAGAUCCAGUGGACUGUACUCGUGUUCUCGUAUUUAUUAAUGACAACAACCAGGUUGCUCUUGUACCUAUUGUUCGUUGACGGAGCAGUAAUACUACUGUUUUCUUAAAUUCAUUCAUACUAGCUUUUCUACUACUUAAUGUAAUGUCUUUUUCAAGCCUAUGCACAAUUCUCUUCCUUUUGUCUUUGGUUUA